CCUCAUUGCAUUGCAGCUGUGUAGCUCUUCUUAUUGGGUUCAUUUCAUUGUUUUACCACACCCAAAAAAAAAAGGGUCUUCCAACUGUGGUUUUUGCUGACAAAAAUGGAGACCAAAUGGUGGGUUUUGGCAAUGGCAGUGGCAGUGACAAUGGCGAUAAUGGGUAUUGCGGAUGGGGAUUCGUCAACGCCCACUGUGGUGAAGAUUGUGAAGGGAAAGAAGGUUUGUGACAAGGGUUGGGAGUGCAAAGGGUUGUCCAAGUACUGUUGCAAUGAUACAAUCUCAGACUACUUCCAGACCUACCAGUUUGAGAAUCUCUUCUCAAAGAGAAACACGCCGGUGGCCCAUGCAGUGGGAUUCUGGGACUACAAGUCUUUCAUCACUGCCGCCGCUGAAUACCAGCCCCAUGGCUUUGGCACCACCGGCGGCAAGCUCACGGGAAUGAAGGAGGUCGCCGCCUUCCUCGGCCAUGUUGGCAGCAAAACUUCUUGUGGUUAUGGAGUGGCCACAGGAGGACCGUUGGCGUGGGGCCUUUGCUACAACAAAGAAAUGAGUCCAAGCCAAUCUUACUGUGAUGACUCCUUCAAAUACACCUAUCCCUGCACUCCUGGUGUUGAAUACUAUGGUCGUGGUGCUAUUCCUAUUUACUGGAACUACAACUAUGGAGCUACAGGGGAAGCCCUAAAAGUUGACCUGUUGAGCCAUCCAGAAUACGUAGAACAAAAUGCAACCCUUGCUUUCCAGGCAGCAGUGUGGAGGUGGAUGACACCAGUGAAGAAGUCACAGCCUUCCGCUCACGAUGUUUUCGUUGGCAACUGGAAGCCCACCAAGAACGAUACAAUGGAGAAUAGAGUUCCAGGCUUCGGCACCACCAUGAACGUCCUUUAUGGAGAUAAUGUUUGUGGGCAGGGUGAUGUUGAUUCCAUGAACAACAUGGUCUCUCAUUACCUUUACUACCUGGACUUGAUGGGAGUUGGAAGAGAGGAGGCAGGUCCACAUGACAAAUUGUCCUGUGCCGAGCAGAAAGCUUUCAACCCAUCCUCUACCACCAGUUCUUCUUAGAGCUAUUACUAUUGGUUCAUACUCUUCGAAACAAGAAUGACAAAUAAGAAGGCCAACUAAGAUCACAUUUUGAGUUACAAGUCGAUUUUAUUGUGUGAAGCCCAGUUUUUAGGAUUGAGAUUUAUUAAAAAUUGUGGAUUGAUUU